ACAAUUGAGUCGCAGCUCUUUACUCAUCCGCUUGCUUGUCAUCUUCUUUUUUACACGCCCUUUCAAAAGAAGAAGGGAUUAAGGAGCCUUGCUGGAACUAAGGACGCCUCUUUAAACUGCUUUAAGGCCUGUUUUGAGUCAUCUCUCCAAGGCUUGGAUCAAAGAGAAAGCCAGUCCUGUUACCCGUUUGUGACGCCUGAAACCCUGAAGCUCCACAUUUCUUGACUCUUCUUCAUCUGCUGGAAGCGUCAACAUGCCGAGAUUCCCGGAGCGGCUGGAGUUAAAAAGAGUCGCCACUGAGCCCGACAAUGACAGCACCGCAAGCUUGGACGACCACUUGGACUCAGAAAAGGGGGUCCUCAACAGCCAGUUUGUCAACGAAAAUGACGACGGAGAGAGUGACCGCUUCCUGUCCAACGGAAUGAUGAAGAAGAAGAAAUAUGAAGAAUACCAGGAGGAAUACCAUCCUGGCCACGCCUCCUUUGGCAUGUCAGUCUUUAACCUGAGCAACGCCAUCAUGGGCAGCGGCAUCCUGGGCCUGUCGUACGCCAUGGCCAACACGGGCAUCGUUCUGUUUACAAUCCUCCUGGUGGGGGUGGCCAUCCUCUCCCUGUACUCGGUGCAUCUCCUGCUCGUGACGGCCAAAGAAGGAGGUUCACUCAUCUACGAGAAGCUCGGAGAAAGAGCCUUUGGGUGGCCCGGAAAAAUGGCCGCCUUUGGAUCGAUAAUCAUGCAGAACAUUGGCGCCAUGUCCAGCUACCUCUUCAUCGUGAAGUACGAGCUGCCGGAAGUGAUCCGGGCCUUCAUGGGCUUAGAGGAGAACUCCGGUGAGUGGUACCUGAACGGAAACUACCUGGUUGUGUUUGUGUCCCUCGGGAUCAUCCUGCCGCUGUCCAUGCUGAAAAACCUGGGUUACCUGGGCUACACCAGCGGUCUGUCCCUCACCUGCAUGGUCUUCUUCCUAGGAGCGAUGAUCUACAAGAAGACCCAGCUGCCCUGCCCGCUUCCCUUCUUGACUGACAAGGCAAACAUCAGUAUGAACAUCUCUGACCUCCACAACGUCACCAACGACGACGACGACGACAUGUGCACGCCAAAAUACUUUGUGUUCAACUCACAGACGGCGUACACUAUUCCUAUCCUGGCCUUUGCCUUCGUCUGCCACCCUGAGGUCCUGCCCAUCUACAGCGAGCUGAAAGACCGCAGCCGCAGGAAAAUGCAGAGGGUCUCCAACCUGUCCAUCAUGGCCAUGCUCAUCAUGUACAUGCUGUCGGCGCUGUUUGGUUACCUCACCUUUUACGGUAGAGUGGAAGCUGAGCUGCUCCACACCUUCACCAAGGUCUACAAGUUUGACACCUUGCUGCUGUUGGUGCGUCUGGCUGUCCUGACCGCCGUCACGCUGACCGUGCCCAUCGUGCUUUUUCCCAUCCGCUCCUCCAUCAACAUGCUGCUCUGCAGCGGCCGAGACUUCAGCUGGAUCCGCCACAUGCUCUUCGCUCUCGCCAUCCUGGCCUUCAACAACACGCUGGUCAUCUGCGUCCCCAACAUCAGGGACAUCUUCGGCUUCAUCGGAGCUUCUGCUGCCACCAUGCUCAUCUUCAUCCUUCCAGCCGCCUUCUACCUCCGCCUGGUGAAGUCAUUGCCGAUGCUCUCCACACAGAAGAUCGGCGCCGCCAUCUUCCUGGUCGUGGGGAUUUUCUUCAUGAUCGGGAGUUUGUCGCUCAUUAUCCUCGACUGGAUCCACAACCCGCCAGGCUCUCACAAAAAACACUAAACCCGCCCCCGCCCCCACCUAUCUGCGUCAUGUGGAGCCAGGACUCCACGGAGGAGCGGUGUUUUUUUUCAUCGUCGUUUUUUUAAUGUGACAUAACCGAAACAACUGAAUGAAAAGCUGGAGAACAAACUUUGCUGUAAAAUGUUGCCCCAUCAUGAAGUUAUCACCCCUCAUCUAUGAAGAGACUGGGCGUGUCUGCAGCCUCACCUGCUGCAGGUGUGUGUGUGUGUUUGUUUUGAGGGGCUGCGGAGUCUGCGCCCUCCCACAGCCGAGGGGCGUUCAGAGAGCAGAAGCACUUGGAGCAGGACGCUUCACUACCCUCCUCUACAUGCCAAUGCAUUUCAACAGUUAGAAGAUGUCACGCAGUGGGAGGAGCCAUCGAGCCCCACCCCGGCGGUUCGAAUUCCAACUGUGAAGCUACGUUUACGAGGGACCUGAACAAUCUCACCACCAAGACGUGCCUCCGCCGUGUAAAGUAGUCCUUUACGGCCUUCCAGUAGUUGGUCUUUUUAUGCUGAAAUAUUUAUCAGGAGCGGAAAAGAAGUGACAUCACUUCCUGCUGUUACAGAUCGCAGAGAACAAUCUGUCAAAACACCAGAUAACACUAAAAAACAGUCGCUGUUAGCAUUUCUGUUAGAAGCUUUUUAAAAAUACCACAACAUUUCCACACUGUCCACAGAAUUUUCCGCACAAUCAUUUUUACUGUUUCAGUUACAAGUUGACCCUUUGACACUGUAGAGGUCGCGCGCGACACAAAAUGAUGCACGUUUUUCUGUACUAUCGGAACUCUUCGACUGUUAACGCAAGUUCCAUUAAUCCAUUCUGAAUUCUUUGCUUCAGUCACUUGGUUUUUCGCAUAAAUCAAGCUAAUCUACGAAAGAAUAACGUAAUCGCCUGGAAUGACGUUAAAAUAUUUGCGUCAACGGUCGGAGAGUUGCGUUUAUUCGAAAAACGCUAACACUGGAGCCCCCGUGUUUAACAAUCAGUGAAGAUGUUUCGUGUAGAGGUCGUGCGCGCGACACAAAAUGAUGCACGUUUUCUGUACUUUCUUAAUUCUUCAACUGUUUACGCAAGUUCCAUAAAUCCAACGGAUUCCGAAGCAAAGAAAAAAAAAGCAGCUUGGCGUCAAAUGGUGCCAGGCCUUUUUUUUUUUUCUACGCUUCAGAGUCACUUGGUUUUUCGCGUGAAUCAAGCUAAUCUAUUAAAUGAACGUAAUCCCCUAGAAUGACGUUAAAAUAUUUGCGUCAAUGGUCGGAGAGUUGCGGUUAUUCUAAAACCGCUAACACUGGAGCGCCGGUGUUAAAGGAUUAACUGAAAUGUUUUGUUUCUAAAUGUUACGCAACAUCACUGCUGGAUCAAGAAAAAGACGAGCUAACAUCGCAAAAACACGAUCUAAAAUGGUCCAACCACAGAUUUUAAAGUCGACAGUCAACAAGUCAACAGUUCUGUUUGCCGAUCAGGGUAAGCAUGCUAGGACAACUCAAAAAAACGCUAGCUAAUACAUGCUAACUUGACUUUUUUUGGUGGUACGAGUGUUGAUACAUCGCUAGCUCUCUUGCAAUGUCUCUGUAGUUAAUAAUCCGACGGUUUUUUUUGCUCGUUUUUUAGUUUUAGUCUUGGUUCUUGUGCAAGAUGACUCAUGAAAUGUUUUAUCUCUAGCUAGCUAAGAAACGCUCAGGUUCUGAACCAAAUCCCUUUUAACGAGUCGGGCACAAACCUGCCAAGAAGUGACAAACGUUUGAAAGUACGUAGAAACUCAUUUUUACUCGACUGAUCCACAAAGUUUUCAAAACUGUAAUGUUUCACGUUCAAAGCUCACAUUAGGUUUUGCUUUCAUUGACUUUAUUUUGAGCCUUUGUCUUAAAAUUUUACCCUUUUUAUAUUUACUCUGUGACCUUCCAGAUCCGAGAUCUAUCCAGCAUUUCCACUGCGUUCGCCUAACAACCCCCCACCCCCCGAGGAAAUGAAGCAAUAAGAAGGGAUUUAAGCCUUAAAGUAGCAGUAAAUUAGUGCUGCACUAAACACAAACUUCUCAGUGAGAUCGAUACGACAACCAACGCCGACGGUAGGCUGCCAGGUCUUCCUGUCAGCUCUUUUUUUAACGUUCCCCUGACUGUGGUUCUGAGCGGGGCGUGCCGCUUCACUUCAGGUUUACAUGUCCGCAUCGGUGCCUUUUGGGAUCGUCCCUCUCGCCGCCUUCAGCAGCAGACCGCAGCCGUCGGCAGAACCUCUCGUCGUUCGCGUGUCGCCAACACAUCCAGCCAAAGUGGACAACUUUAUAGAUCUUUUGUGGAUCUAAGUAUGUGAAAGAAAUGGAUAUUUCAAGUGAAAUAGUGUAUUAUGUGCUUUGUUUUUUGGACAACUUUGGUCUUUUUUUGGACAACUGUACAUGCUGUGUAAAUAUUCUUGAUUGGAUGGUACUGCAGCGCUCGCAGCAUGUGAGCGGGUCGUUGGGGUAGAUGUACCUGAAAGUAUCAAACAAUCCAGUGUUUUAGUACAUUAUAUAUAUAUAUAUAUAUAUGUUUGUGUUAGUCUCCUGUGUUCUUGCUGUAUGACAGUAGCCUUUCUUUCAUCUGAUGCCUGUAUAUUUGUAGAGAUGCUCAUGUCUGAACCUCUAGUCUGCGUUCAAUCAAGAGCCGACUUCUUCACAAGCUUCUCAGAAAGAGCCAGAAACGAUCCGGUGUGAGAAAACAUCAGACGCCGAGGAUCGCCGCGCCGCUGGAAGAGCAACAGCUGUGAAAAUGUGGCCUUAUUUUCCUUCCAUGACGUUACUUGAAAGUUCUCUGCAGCGAUGAAGUCAGCAGUCUGGGUCCCGCGGGUGCAGCCGUCGCUGACUCUUCACCUGAACCCCUCUCAGGUGUUUGAGGCCUUCAUGGAGUUUUAACCUCAUUUGCGUGAUCGGCUCAGGCUGAAGUGGAGCAGAGAGGGCUGAUGGGAGGAGAGGUGAAGAAUCAGUGUUUGUGGAUCAGGCUGUAAUUUAUCCAAAACAGAUGGAAUGUUUGGGGUUUUUUGUAUCAAAUAUGCUGUUUUUCUGUAUGAUGAACAAUAAAAAAAAAAAUGGCCGGAGGAA